CGCCGGGAAAACGCAGACUUUUACUGCGCUUAUGUUGCGCUUCACCGACGCGUCUGACACGAUCUUUGUAGUCAACAGGCAAGAUGGCGGAGCCGACCGUCCGUGUGUCUGGGAUUGUUUUAUCUUCUCUAAUGUUCCAGCAUGUUAACAGUGAUUCAGACGUGGAAGGUUUCGUCCUCGGAGAGAGCAGAUUCGAGGAGCAGAUCACCAUCAGUGACUCUCAGGCUGAUCACAUUCACAUUGAGGAAACAUACAGUGUCCAGAAGCACGUCGCCUGCCACAAGCUGAACGACUUCUACGACAGUGUAGGACGCGUGGACUCGGACGCCGUGAAGAGAAUCCUGGCAGACAAUAAGCAGGAGAGCGUGAUCGGUUGGUACCGACAGCGCAGGAACACAGAUCAGCAGAUGACGUUCAGGGAAAAGAUCGUCCACGAGCAGCUGAAGACGUCUCUGUCCAACCCUCACGUGAUCUUCGUGCUGCUGACGCCCAGCAAGUUAACGCCCGCAGGGUCGACGCACAGGAUGGAGUACGCUGCCUUCAUCUCCCGCAGCAGGCGGUUCGUGAAUGUUCCUGUGCUGGUCAACAACCUGGGUUUACUGGAGCAGCUGGCGUACUGGAAGGUGUCCGCUUCGUGCUCUGCGGUGGGUUAUGACCUCACCAUGAAGAAACACGGGUCCAAGUUCUUCUCCUCCAACGGGCUGCUGAGAGAAGUCAACGAAGUGAAUACGAUGAAUGACUCGCUGCAGUCGGAGCUGCAGAAAGCGUGCGGCGCCGUGGAGGCGAGCGAACGUCUGGUCGAAACUCUGCAGGCGGACGUUUCGGCUCUGAGGCGGCGGCUGAGUGAGAAGAAGCAGAGCGGCGCAGGAAAAGGUUCAGGACUGUUUUGUGUGUCAGCAGCGGCGGACGACGAUCCACCGGAGCAGAAGAACAACCUGCUGCUGCAGGAGGCCGUCAGAGCGCUGUUCGCCUGCUCUCCUCUGUUCCGCUCUCAGACCCUGACCCUGGAGGCCUUUCCUGUCCCCGACGUCUGCCGCAGCGCCGAGCAGGACGCCGACGUCUCCGCGACAACGCCGACGCGCUCGGACACAGCAGGCGCUCAGGAAACUCUCUCCCCGCUGCGUCCCGGCAGGACGAACUCCCGGAAAAGGCUGAAAGACGUGCUGCCGGGGACGGAGAGGAAACGCAGGAAAAGCAAAUCUUGAUGUCAAACGGUUUCUCAACGUGCCGGCCGGUGAAAAUAAGACGCUACUUGAUAAUAAUCGAUCUGCUUCGUAUUCGUGGAAACCAAACUCCAGCUGGUUUUUAAUCAUUUCUCGUUCACAUUAAGCUGAUUUUAAUGUCACUAAACAGUUUGAGUAAUUGCAGUUAUGAUGACAAACAGUUGUCACAAAGCAAGUUAACAGCAUGUGUACAGUUAUGAUAUAUUUUGAGAAUUGUUUAAAGAUGUGUUCUGAUAAACGACUUUGUAGUCAUUCAUUUAAUUGA